UCUCUUAGCAACAAACCAAUAGAAAAUUAAUCUAAUUUUCCUCAAGAUGGCACUAAGUAAUAAUAUUAUCGGUGCGAUUAAUUUUGUUGCUAUGCUUCUUUCAAUUCCAAUCAUUGGUGCUGGAAUCUGGCUUGCAACAGAACCUGAUAAUUCUUGUGUGAAGAUUCUACAGUGGCCAGUAAUCAUUCUAGGGGUUCUUAUUUUACUGGUAGCACUUGCUGGAUUCAUUGGAGGGUUUUGGAGGAUUCCAUGGCUGCUUAUUACCUACCUCAUUGCAAUGCUUGUUCUCAUAAUACUGCUUACAUGUCUGGUUGUUUUCGUCUAUAUGGUGACAAUUAGAGGUUCCGGCCAUCCUGCGCCGAGCCGGGCCUAUUUAGAGUAUCGUCUAGAUGAUUACUCCGGGUGGCUCCGUCGGAGAGUUAGAAGUUCUUACAAGUGGGAUAGAAUUAGAAGUUGCCUUAGCUCUUCCAGCAUGUGUGCUGAAUUGAAUCAGAAUUAUCGUAUGGCUCAAGAUUUCUUUAAUGCCCAUAUAUCUCCUUUGCAGUCUGGAUGCUGUAAACCACCAACAGAAUGUGGCUACACAUUUGUGAACCCAACAUAUUGGAUUAGUCCAAUAAACACAGCAGCUGACAUGGACUGCUUGCAAUGGAACAAUGAGCAAACACAACUAUGCUAUUCCUGUGACUCAUGCAAAGCAGGAUUGCUGGCUAAUCUCAAGACAGAAUGGAGAAGGGCAAACAUUAUAUUGAUCAUAACCCUUGUUGCUUUAAUAUGUGUGUAUUUAAUUGGAUGCUGUGCUUUCAGGAAUGCCAAAACUGAAGAUCUAUUCAGAAAAUACAAGCAAGGGUAUACGUAAAACCACAUGCUUUGUACGAUCAAGAUUUCAGUUUCGUUUUUUAUUUUUAGGAUCGUUUAGCACUGUUCAGUCUAUCUUAUUAAGCAUUCCAAAAAAAAUACUAUUUCUAGAUUGGUUGCAGAACUGGAGAAACUUUGUGGAUUGUAUUUAUAUUUUCUUGAUGGUUUUGUGAUACGAGGUUUUAGGCAUUGUUUUGGUUU